GGCAACCCCGGAUGGACAGACAUUUGUAUUUGUGCGUGGUUAGCAUUGAGUCUUCCAGUGUUAACAUUUAUUUUCCCGUGGAAUGGCGUGCCGGAGAGGAGCGUUGAUAGUUCUGGAAGGCGUGGAUCGUGCAGGGAAAACCACACAGUGCAAAAAGCUUGUGCAGGCACUGCAGCAGCGCGGACAGCGGGCUGAGAUGCUCAGGUUCCCUGACAGGACCACAGAAAUUGGGCAGCUGAUAAACUCCUACCUGGAGAAAAAGAGCGACCUGGAAGACCACACCAUCCACCUUCUGUUCUCUGCAAACCGCUGGGAGCAAGUACCUCUGAUUAAAGAAAAACUGGAGCAGGGCGUGCAUCUCAUAGUGGACAGAUACGCAUUUUCAGGGGUGGCUUUCACAAGUGCCAAGCCGGGGUUCAGUCUGGACUGGUGUAAAUUCCCAGAUGUGGGUCUCCCGAAGCCGGAUCUGGUUCUCUUCCUGCAGCUCAGCCCCAGGGAGGCGGCGCAGCGUGGGCAUUUUGGCGCAGAGCGCUACGAGAACACCGACUUCCAGAAGGCAGUGCAGGCGCGCUUCCAGCAGCUCAUGAGGGACCGCAGCGUCAAGUGGGAGGUGAUUGACGCGUGCAAGAGCAUAGAAGAUUUGCACAAGGAGAUCAAGUCUCGCAGCGAAGCCGUCAUGGACACUGCCGCAUACCAGCCUAUCGGAGAGCUGUGGAAAUAAGGCUGAGCCAAUCCCGGACAGCAUUUUAAAGUUUCAAAAACAUUUUGAUUACUUUCAGCAUACUAACUAAUAGGUCAUUUUACAGUAGUGCAUCUAAAUACAGCUGCUGCAGAGAUCAAUAAAGUGCAUGGAAAUCCCUUUAAGAGUAUGUCAAACCAGGUGGGAGGGAGGGCAUGGUUGCUUAAGCAGGUUUGCAGGGAGCUUGCACCAAUAGGAGAGAAGUUCUUUCCCAGAGGACCUGUUUAGAUUAGCUGUACCAGUAUCAAUAAAAAAAGAUAACCGGAAUUUGUUGGGUUUUCUAAAAAUUGUUAGACUGCAGUGUCUGUCUGUAACACAAAGGGAUAUUGGUCUGUUGUAAAUUACUUUAAUAUAUAACCUUUGUCUGAUUCACUGUUCAGAUAUAAUGUGUUGUUUCCAGGAUCUUAACUGCAAACUUUGGAUCAUAUUCUGGGUAGAGGGCAAUGGGUGGGGGGUGUCUGAGUGGAGUAUAAGAAAUUAUAGUGGUUGGGAAAACACCUAGUAAACAAAUACCGGUAAGUAUAAAAUGUUUAGUAUGCGUACAGAAGUACAUACAGUAGGUAAUCGCUGUGGUAUCUGUUAGGUUGGUACAUUCCAUGUUGCUGUCACCAUGCUUUGUU